AUGCUGUUGGCGUGCAAUGCUUGCAAACGCCGGAAAAAAAAGUGUGAUUUCGAGUUUCCAAGCUGCCUCAAAUGUAAGGAGCGGGGAGCAAUCUGCGAAUAUUACGAUGAAGGAGUCGGGGGGACUGUUUCAAGAGUAUACCUUAAAGACCUAAACGACCGCAUAGCAGUGUUGAAGGACGAGAUAAAAAGGCUCAAAACUCCUCCAGAAAAGAUCAAACGGAACCCAAAUGAUUCCCAUGACUGGUACCAAAUUGCGAGUAAUGGUUGUUUCAUUGAGUAUCCUAAUGGAGAAUUCCAUCAUUUUGGACCAACAUCUGCUGUUUCAAUUAUUAAUCUCACCUCAAGACUGCUUCAUAUUAACUGCAAUCUUGAUACACUCACUUUUCAAGAACAUUAUUUGCCAAGGUUGAAGGUACAAUUUGACUAUAAUAUGAUCUCUAAUGAUCAUAGCAAGUUACUGAUCGAGAACUACCUCUACAAAGUCUAUCCAAUAUAUCCUAUUUUGCCCAGAUCCUUUUUUGACCCGGAUCUCUUGAUACGAAAUUAUGCCCCAGAAAAGAAAUUGUUUAUCCUAUUGAUACUUUUAGUAUCGUCGGCACAUCUCCAGCGAUCACAUUCACAUUUUGUUACUAUCAAAGCAAUGAUUCAACCCAAGGUUGUUGAAUUGCUGAAAGCUAAGGUAUCAGAUAUAGACCACAGCACAUUGGUUGCUCUGCUGUAUUAUGCAGUAUACGAAACGUUGGAUCCUGAAUGUGGACAAUCAUUGUGGAAAACAUUAUCAUUGGCAUGUGAGAUUGCAGAGAAGCUUCAGCUCACCAAUCUAACUAAUCUCAAACAAACUCACACAAUAGUCGGUCAACAGAUUUCGAAAUUUAAUUUACUCAGAGUCCUCAUGGAUUUAGAUAUUAGCAAUUCUUUGUCGCUUGGUCGCCCUCCUCUUAUUAACCUGGUUGUUGAACAUCCUGACCUUUUCGAGAAUGAUCCAGAGCUAAAACCUUUAAUUGAUCUCAAAAACAAAUGUGAUAUGUUUAGAAUAUGUUACUCAAUAGGUUCCGAUUGCCCUAUAAAACGUGUACAUUCGUUCAUGACCGUUCAAAACUCGAAAUCACCGUCGUUAUGGAUUAUUUGUUUUCCUCUUAUUUUUCACAGUUGCAGUGAAUGUGAAUCAAUCAACAUAUCAUUCAAUGUUUACAGCGCUGCCAAAACAAUAAUAAGUGGCCAGUCGCAAAACUUUGGUUCUCAAUUGCCUCUGAAAUUUGCAGUGGAUAUUACAGAUAUUUUGUAUUCGAGCCUUUCUCUCAUUACUUUGGCAGAGCUGAACAUGUCAGAUGACGCGAUAAAGGAAGAAGUUGUCUCGCAUAUUGAGACGUCGAAACAGCUGUUGACCUUUUUUUCGCUGUGGUGGCCGAGUUGCUUCCCACUCAAACAGUUUCUAUGGUCAGCCGCAGAUAAAAUACUUAUCUAA